UCUUCAAUCUUCAUCGUAUAUCUCCCGUUUUCUACCGUAUUUUUCCGGUUCUACCUACCGUAAAAAGCUUCGAGUCACCUGGCAACACUGGCUCCAGUUUAUACAGUUUAUUUUACAAGCUCAAUCACGCGUGGCUAGUCGAUUAUUGUAGUGUCUGUUAAACAAGAAACGUUAAAAUGUCGGGCUCUAGUAAAAGUGUUAAUCCUGACCCGCUUAAAAAAAGAAAACCACAUCCUGAAUUGUAUAAAAGAAAUAUUAUAAAACAUGCAAGGGUCAAAGGGGACCAACACGUAAACUGGAAAGGUCGUUCUGUCUCCGCACGUAGUACAGGUCCCGAUUGCAAUUGUAAAAUGCACUGUUUUCGCACGUUACUUCAAGCCGACUUCAGUCUCUACAUAACAAAACUAAACGGUUUUAAUACAAAGGAUGAACAGGAUAUUUACCUGCAACAGUUAAUAGAAAAAAAAUCUAUAAAAUCACACAGACCCCGUAAAGGUGACUUAAGCAUUCCCCGUGAGUACUCGUUUAAAUAUUUUAUUGACUCGUCCUCGAAAAAACAAGUUGUUUGCAAGAAAGCUUUUUGUUCAAUCUAUGGCAUUACGAUUGCCCGUGUAAAACGUCUACUUAAACUAAAAUCCUAGUCAGUAACACCACACGAUAGACGUAGUAAGCACCCCAAGAAGAACAUCAUACCUCCAAAUAUCCUACAAAAAAUUCAUGAUCAUAUUAUGUCUUUCCCAAGGAAACAAACCCACUACUCUUGGCGUCAUAUGGAAUAUCUAGACGCACGGUUGGACGUCAAGUCUAUGUAUUUACUUUUUAAAUCGAAAUACCCCGACCUGGGUAUAAAGUACAAGUUUUAUAUUGGGUAUUUUAAGGAAAACUUCUCACUUCGUUUUGGCAGGCCCCAGGUCGACACGUGUAUAACAUGCGAAGAACUUAUAGUGAAAAUUAAAAGUUCCAACUUUAUGGGAGAUCAUGCAAAAAGGGCAGCUGAAGCCGAGCUAGCAGUCCACAAACGACGAAGUAAAAAGUUCCAUAAUAAAAUAUCUGCGGUCCAAGAGCUUUGUAAAUCCCGGGAUGACAUCGCAGCAAUCACAUUCGAUUUCAUGCAAAACUUGCCCCUCCCAAAUAUUCCCAUUCAAGAAAUAUUUUACCUACGACAGCUUUGGGUGAAUUACUUCGGAAUAAAAGAUCUCAAAAGCGGCAUCAUAAAGGUAUAGCCAACAAAGGGGCAAAUGAGAUCGGCUCUAUUUUACUACACUACUUCGAUAAUUUUCUGGAUGAGAAUGUUAAGGAAUUGUUUUUAUUUUCGGAUAAUUGUCCAGGGCAAAAUAAAAAUUAUACUGUUAUAAGGUUUUUUUCUGCCCUAACUGACACGGGACGCUUUAAUAACAUUCAGCACUAUUUUCCCAUCCGAGGUCACUCUUUUUUACCUAAUGACCGGGACUUUGGAGUUAUUAAAAGGAAAAUUACAAAACACGAUCGUAUUUACGUUCCGGAUGAAUAUUAUAGUAUUAUUGCUAAUGCCAGUAAUGUUUUUAGAGUAUUUAUGAUUCAAUCCAACCAGAUUUAUGAUUUUGUUCAACGGUGGUUAGAAUACUAUAAGAAGACAUGUUUUUCUAUUGAGUCUGUUGGAAAAGGAAUACCUAAGGGUCUCACACAAGCAUUUGCACCAUCCACGUUUAUGUAUUAUGAAUACAAGAAGAACCGAACCGAGUUAUAUUAACUAGUAACUAUAUUGAUGGGUUAAAAACUCAUUCUUUUCCUUUGUUGAGAAAUCAAGCUCAACCUAUUAGUUUUCCACCUCUCGGAAAAGCCUACCCAAGAAACUGUGUGCCAAUAAACCCAAAAAAAAUUGAAAACAUCCGACAAGUGCAGAACAGUAUUUUAGAGAAGCAUUAAAGGGCUUCUACGAAAAAAUCCUGCGUUGGCCCACCGAUGAAGAUAAUAUAAUGUGCCCUAAUUUUUUUUUAAAGUUGGUUUACUUAUUUUUAUA